GCAAGGGGCGGGGCGAGGGCGGAGCGAGCCGGGCGGCGGGUCAGUCGCGCAGUGUCCGGGAUCCAGGCCUGGCGGGGGUUGUUCUCGCGGCCGGCUGGCUCUGCCCGCACCCGUGUCGGCUCCCGAGCGGGGCCUCGCUCGGGCCCCUCCAUGUGACGGUGCCCCGCGGAGCCUGAGCGAGCAACGGGUCCGUGCGGAGCCGGAGGCGGGAGGAACAUGACAUCGCGGAGAUGGUUUCACCCCAACAUCACUGGUGUGGAGGCAGAGAAUCUCCUGCUGACCAGAGGAGUAGAUGGCAGUUUUUUAGCAAGGCCCAGUAAGAGUAACCCCGGAGACUUCACUCUGUCUGUUAGGAGAAAUGGAGCCGUUACUCACAUCAAGAUUCAGAACACUGGGGACUACUAUGACCUCUAUGGUGGGGAGAAGUUUGCCACCUUGGCUGAACUGGUCCAGUAUUACAUGGAACAUCAUGGGCAGCUGAAAGAGAAGAAUGGUGAUGUUAUUGAGCUCAAGUACCCACUGAACUGUGCAGAUCCUACCUCUGAAAGGUGGUUCCAUGGUCACUUGUCUGGAAAAGAAGCAGAGAAGCUGCUGACGGAGAAGGGGAAGCAUGGCAGCUUCCUCGUCCGAGAGAGCCAGAGCCACCCUGGGGACUUCGUUCUCUCCGUGCGCACAGGUGACGACAAAGGGGAGAGCAACGACAGCAAAUCCAAAGUGACCCACGUCAUGAUCCGCUGUCAGGAGCUGAAAUACGAUGUUGGUGGAGGAGAGCGCUUUGACUCUUUGACAGACCUGGUGGAGCAUUAUAAGAAGAACCCCAUGGUGGAAACACUGGGCACAGUCCUGCAGCUCAAGCAGCCCCUCAACACAACUCGUAUUAAUGCUGCUGAAAUUGAAAGCCGGGUUCGAGAGUUAAGCAAGCUGGCUGAGACCACAGAUAAAGUCAAGCAGGGCUUUUGGGAAGAGUUUGAGACGCUACAGCAACAGGAGUGCAAGCUUCUCUACAGCCGAAAAGAAGGACAGAGACAAGAAAAUAAAAACAAAAACAGAUACAAAAACAUCCUGCCCUUUGAUCAUACCAGGGUCGUCCUGCAUGAUGGGGAUCCCAACGAGCCUGUUUCUGAUUACAUCAAUGCAAACAUCAUCAUGCCUGAGUUUGAGACCAAGUGCAACAAUUCAAAACCCAAGAAGAGUUACAUUGCCACUCAAGGCUGCCUGCAGAACACGGUGAAUGACUUCUGGCGGAUGGUGUUCCAGGAGAACUCUCGGGUUAUUGUUAUGACCACAAAGGAAGUGGAGAGAGGGAAGAGCAAAUGUGUCAAGUACUGGCCUGAUGAGUAUGCGCUUAAAGAAUACGGGGUCAUGCGUGUUAGGAAUGUCAAAGAAAGUGCCGCUCAUGACUACACCUUACGAGAACUCAAACUCUCUAAGGUCGGACAAGGAAACACAGAGAGAACCGUCUGGCAGUACCAUUUUCGGACCUGGCCAGACCAUGGUGUGCCUAGUGACCCUGGAGGUGUGCUGGACUUCCUGGAGGAGGUCCACCACAAGCAGGAGAGCAUCAUGGACGCAGGCCCUGUCGUGGUUCACUGCAGUGCUGGGAUUGGCCGGACAGGAACGUUCAUUGUGAUUGAUAUCCUUAUUGACAUCAUUCGAGAGAAAGGUGUGGACUGCGACAUCGACGUUCCAAAAACCAUUCAGAUGGUGCGGUCCCAGAGGUCAGGGAUGGUCCAGACAGAAGCACAGUACCGGUUCAUAUACAUGGCCGUCCAGCAUUACAUAGAGACGCUGCAGCGCAGGAUUGAGGAGGAGCAGAAAAGCAAAAGGAAAGGACAUGAAUAUACCAAUAUUAAGUAUUCCCUGGUGGACCAGACGAGUGGCGAUCAGAGUCCCUUGCCACCUUGCACCCCAACGCCACCCUGUGCAGAAAUGAGGGAGGACAGCGCUCGAGUCUAUGAGAACGUGGGCCUCAUGCAGCAGCAGAGGAGUUUCAGAUGAGCCCACGGGUGGCAGCACACAGAUGCGAACUUUCACCCCUCCCCUAAGAUGUCAAGAGUAGAGGAAAGUUUCCAGGACCCAUGUGUUCAGAAGCUCCCGGGGCUGCCUGCCUGCCUUUUGAGAGGUGAAGUUUGGAACCGUCUGAACAGCACGUGCCCAGUUGGCACCUCCUUUCCUCAGCUAAGGAGAAACCGCUCUGCGUUCUCAACAAUGCUAUUUUCAUAGAAUUGGUUUUGAAUUGUGGAAGCAGCUAAAUUGUGCUCUGUAUUUUCUACAUUAUGGGACUCAAAUUCUAGUUA